GCUGCUUGUCACCCCAUUGCAGUGAGAGGCCCGGAAAGGGAUUCCCAGCAGCAACAGCACUACAGAGGAAAUCGGUUUGGAGAAAGAUGCUAUAGGAAGCAGUUAAGCGAUAGAGCAGGACAGCCCAGAUGCUGGGCUGUCCUGUGGCUGCAGCUGGGGAGACAGAACGUGGGAAACCUCUGUAGAAGGACAGGCCUGUAGUGGGAAGAGCACAGACUACUGAUGCUCUGUUGGAAGGGCUGAAAGGUCUCUCUGUCCUGCAGGACCUAGAUAGCAAGCCAGCUGGAAAGACACUAAGGAUACUGAAGAUGGUAUCAGCACCCAGAGAAGUGACAUCUACUCCCACUCUGGGUAGUGCAGUCCCCGAACUAAAAUCUCACCACCACCACCACAACAACAACCUUGGCAGGAAUAUUCUGUUGUCACAAAGCAGGGGCUGCCAGCUGCCCUCACCACCUUGCCUCUGGAGCUCACCGUCCUCUAUAACUCCCUGCUUUUUGCUAUGGGAGCAUCUGACUGUGCCAUUAAUGGAGAAUCAGAAGAAAUAUGCCAGGGGCUCCUCAGGGGACCCAGGGAGAGCUCCCUGCAGCGGAGGGAAGAAUGAACUCCUCUCCCUGCUCAAGGCAUGGAAAGUACCUGCCGAGGGGGCCUCUGUGUCCCUAGUACAGAGCGCCGAAGACUUGAAGGAGAUCCUUUGCACUGCAGCUGCCUUCCUGCAGGGGCUGCAGGAGCUGGAGGCUGGGAACCUCCCUGCCGCCCUUUCCCUCCUCGAAGAGGCUGCUGGUGGAUUCUGUUCCAAAAGGGUCCUGGCUCAGAUCUACACUUGCCUCAGCUGCUGCACUCAGCAAAUGGGCAAGCCUCAGACAGCCCUUCAGCACCUGAAACGGGCCCUCCAGGUGGACUUCCAGUGCCUUCCUGCCCUGUCCCAUGCUGCAGCAGUGUACCAUGAGCUGGGGGAGAUGGAUGCAGAGCUGGAGGCCCUGGCUGUGCUCUAUGAGGCUCUGGAAAGGAACCCUCCAGCAGCUGCUUCCACUACUCCUUAUUGCCUAAUCCAGAUAGAGCACCUUGUCCACACGCCAGCUCUAGCUUCUCUCUUCCGCCAUCGACACCCUUCCGAAGUGAAGUACCUGCUGGCACAGAGGUGUCUCCAGGACGGGAGGGUGGCUGAUGCUGUAGAACAUUACCUGGAUUUUCUGGCUCUGCUCCAGGAUGGGCUGCAGCAGCAGGUACCCCUGGAUGGUGGAUCAGCUCUGCCCAGGAUACCUGAGGUGUUCCUGGAAGCCGCAUCCGCCCUGGAGCAGGCCGGGAGGCAUCAGGAUGCCAUAACUGUGUGCGAGGAGGUCGUGAGCCGGACAGCUGACCUAAUCCCACAGGUGUUACGAGUUGAGGAGAGGUCAGAGCAGCCAGAGUGCCCAUCGCCAGGGACAGAAUUGGCUGGUGGUCCCCUGUCCCAGAAGAGGGAGAGUCUGUGUUGCCUUGUGUGGAGAACAGCUGCAUACUUGCAUCAGGGCUGGGCCUGGGCCAUGCUGGGCAAGAACAAGGAGGCCAUAACACAGUUCAGCAGGUGCCUUGGCGAUCUCUUACGAAUCCAGCUUUAUCAGUCUGGUGUUGAACCAACAGGGAGUCUCAUACCAGAAGUGAAUCUUCUCCAGAAGAUCAGGUUGCUCUCUCUCGUUGGGCGAGGUACCCAGUUCCUGGAGCUGGGGAAGCACAGGGAAGCCUUGCUGGAUUUCCAGCAUGGUUUGCAGAUCUCACCAGGUGACCCUGCUGCUGCCUCCUACCUGGUGCAGGCCCUGUGGAAACUGAACCGAAAGCAGGAGGCUGCCGCUCGCUGGCAGAAACUCUCAGAGAGCCCCGCUGAGGAAGACGGGCAGCAGGAAGGGCUGGGAAGGCGUGUAGCGAGGCCCUACCCUUUGUACUUGGUUUCAUGUCUGAAGCAGGCAACCUUCCCGCAUAAUGAAUCUCUUGCUAGAAACAUACAGGAUUACCUCCGGACCGCAACCACCUAACCCAGUCAGUCUCCCCAUCACCACAUACCUCUCCCUCCCUGCACCGGGAUGACAUGAAGCCUUAAUGGCUUCUCCAGGACUCAGAAUUACUCUUAGAUAAAGCUGGGUUCCCAAAGGACUGAAACGGAACAAAGUUGCUAAUAAAAGCUUCAGAUCUGUUUAAUUUA